AGGCCCCAGACCACUCCACAGGCGGCAGAGCGACAGGCCCCGCCGGGUCGGAAAGGAAGCUGCCCUGCGAGGCGGGAAGGCGUAAGCUAGAGGAAAAGACCGCCAACAUUCUAUUUUAGUAGUGGAACAUCUUAAUCCAGUUUGAACACCAGUGUUACCGAGGAGCACCUAGCUAUCUGAUUUCUUUCAUUUCCUCUGAUCUCAUAUUGGAAAAAAUUAGGAUGUCCAAAGAUAUUUGACCUUCCAUAGGAAGAAGAUGUUAAAAACCUUCAGCACCAAUCACAGUAAUGGAUCUCUGUGAGAAAAAUGAGACGGAAUUAGAAAAUAGUGAAAAUAAUGAAAUUCACAGCCCAGAAGAAACAGAAUUAACCUAUACUUGCCUGGAUGAAAGAAGUGAAAAGAAUCAUGUUUGUUGUCUUCUCAGUAUCAGUGACAUUACGCUUGAACAAGAUGAAAAAGCUAUCGAAUUUGUCAUCGGAACUGGGUGGGAAGAAGCUGUCCAAGGCUGGGGAAGGACUUCUCCAACUGCCUGCAUCUGGCCCAGGAAGAAGCUUAAAAAGGCGAGGGUGGGAGAAGGUGCCAGUAGCUGCUUACUCUGUGGCAGUCUCUCCCAAGGGAGUGCUGAGGCCAGGCCUCAGGCGGAGGCGGAGAAGUUGGGGUCAGGGGCUCCUGCUGAGGUGGGUCUGGAGAAGGAUCAAGGCAGCCCCUCCCAGAUUCGGGGAACCUCUCUGGGCUCCGCCGCCGCCACCACCACCUCCAGGGAGGUUAGCAAGAUCUGCUUUCCCCGCUGCGGUCAGGGAGAGAAAAAGAGUCUGCAAAUAAAGGAGUUUAUGUGGUGCAAGGAAGACUGGGCCACCCCUGAGGCUCUUAGGGGCAAGGACCCCAGAAGCCCCAGCAGAGGUCCCUCCAUCUCAGACUCCUUGACUUCCAGGGCCCUUUUAGUUCUGCCUCCCCUGAAGGCUUCACUCCCAAAUGGCUUGGAUGUUCUGGGUAAGAAGAGUAAGAACUUCUUGCAGCCGGAGGAGAAGGUGCUGAGUGUGGAAAAGGAUGAGUGUGUGGCUUGUGCAUAUGGAUUGAAAACAGUUGAUGGGAAAGGUGAAAAGAGACCCAUUGAGCUGGCCAGUCACCCCAAGGUCAAUGACACACUGCCUUUUCCUCCCCGGGGGGCCCCGACAUCCCUGCUGGCCAAUCAGGAGCGGUGCUGCCUGCAAUGGUCCCUCCUGCCUGAGAAAAACCUGGUGUGCCCUCCCGACCCCAGCAACGUGCGCUAUCUCGCCACUGUGCGGCUUUUGCAGAAACACGGAGUACAGAACUACAAAGCCAAAUUCAAAGCCAGGGAGCCAAGACCUCCCGUCAACACCCAAAAGUGCAUUCUCACGGAGGCCAAGCAGGAACACAGGCCCCAAACGUUGGAGACCAAAGUGUUCCCGAGAACUCUCUUGCCGUCCCUCACCGUGAGCAGAGUUGUCAUUCCUGUCUCCGCUCACAGACUGCUCUGAGUUUCCACAAUAGAAUUCCCUGGGAAUAAGCACUGUUUGAAUUCAUUUAUCCUCUCCCUGUCUCUCUCCUGCCCCGUCCCAUCCUUCCUUCUUUUCUUCUCUUCUUCCAUACUCUUACCACCCACCUACCCUCCCCUUGCCUUUUUUUUUUUUUUUUCCAGUAGAACCAGGGGAAAUGGAACUUCAUGGUAUGGGUUUUGAUUUAUUCUCAAAACCCUCAUAUUUAUGUGCCCUGCUUCCGUUGCUGAGCCAUUUACAAAAUGCAAACUGUAAAGCCAAUGUCAGCCUCUGCCUGCCUUAUCUCUCUACUCCCCCUAGAAGCCAAGUGCAUGGUUGGGACUCUGAAGGGCCUCCCUCAGUGAUUCCCUUGGCAGCCCCAUGCCAACUGGCAGGGGCUCGCUCUGCCCCACCCUGGUGCCUUAAGCUAAGUGUAAGCGCUUAUUUUCAACCAAAUUGUUUCCUGAUCUUUUGAACCAAGCAAAUAUCUGUCUGUUGAUUUCUUUUCUCUUGCAGCAAAGAUCUGAAACAUUGCUUUAAUAGAAAACUCCAGCCUGUGCCCAAAUAAAUAUCCUGUGUCCGAGGUGUCAUAUGCUGGUAUCCACGGAUAUAUCAUAUCCACUACUUGCUACCCAUCCCAGGGUUUCAUAUGCUUAUGUGAUAGCCUCGUGCUAGUCUCCAGGUCUGCAAAAGUUUUAGCUACAGCUCUAUAAGGUCCAUCCUGGGAAGCAGGUUAAGAAUAAUUAUUUGAACAGAAAAGUCAGUGUAAUUAUAACUGUCACCCCACAAGCUUCCUCCAGCCUUACUUUGCAUCUAAUUUCUGGGAACUUACAACCCCACACAGACACUUGUGGAAUAGGGGUGUUAUUUUCUCCUUCUUCCCUUCUUCUUCUCUCGUUUUACCUAUUCAAUGCCUAUUUCCUGAAGUUGUAUAUAAACAUUUGUAAAUGAGUUAUGUUUUAAGUGCCAAGUAAAAAUGCUAUGUAGAGAAAUGCUCUGCAAAACCAUUUUGUAACAUGAAUAACCAUUUAGCCGCUCUGUAAUUACAUAGUUUGCAUUUGCUUAAGUAGGUUGUACUUGAACUCUGGACUUCCUGUCCCCUAAAUGAUGGGUAGACAGAAUAUAUGACUGUAUUUCUAAACGCCUGCUUUCCACAAUUGGUCUUUAUAAUGCCUUUUCUCUUAGUUUUAGAUUUCUUUAUUGUUUUGUGAUUUAUUUACAAAACACCAGAAAUGCAGAAAUGAUUAUAGUACAAUGGUCAUUAAAAGGUGUGUUUUGCCUGCUGAGGUUGGAUACCUUUUUAUAGUCUAGAAGCAAUUUUUAGCCUCUACCCACCUCU